AUGACUAUUCCCGCUGUUGGUCUGGGGACAUGGCAAGGAUUAGGAAUCAGGAAUAAGCACCAAGACGUACGAGACUCCAUAAUCUACGCUCUACGCGCCGGUUACCGCUUAAUCGACACAGCCCAAUCUUAUGGCGUCGAGCCAGCCGUUGGCGAAGCAGUUCGAGAGUCCGGAAUCCCCCGUAGCGAGAUUACAGUUGUUACGAAGUUCCCAAGCGAGUGGCAUCAUGACCCGUUGCACGCAUUACAAAUUUCCCUCGACGCAUUAGGCCUGGACUAUAUUGAUAUCUUCCUUAUGCACUGGCCUUCUGCAGCUGAUGGGGAUGAGUGGAACCUUUUACCAAUCACAGCGAGUCCUACCUUUGUUGAGACGUGGAAACUUAUGGAGAAGUGUGUUGGAUCCCGUUGCAAAGCUAUUGGCGUUAGUAACUUCACGCAGAAGUUACUUGAUGAAGUGCUGGCGGUUGCUACUAUCGUUCCUGUUGUUAAUCAGGUUGAGUUACAUGCUUUCAAUCCUAAUUUGAAACUCGUUCCGUACUGUCAUGAGAAGGGUAUUCGAGUGAUAAGCUGGAGUACUUUGGGUGGUGGAGGUGAACAUACGCCUAAAGCUAAUGAGAUCCUGGCACAUCCACUCUUCAAGCGGAUUGCAGCAAAUCAUGGAUGUUCCACAGGAGGCCUGGCUCUGUCGUGGGCAGUUCAGCGAGAGAUCUGCGUGAUUCCUAAGAGCAGCUCUCUCAGUCGUAUUGAGGAGAACAUUCAUCUUGUGACACUUACCCAGGCGGAGAUGGAGGAAAUAAAUGAAGCUCAUACUACAAUUGCUCGGAUUCGAUUGGCAGACCAUAUAUCCACUUUGGCAGGAGAAAGAGAUGGCGAGCAAACAAUCAAGGGUUGGACGAAGCAGGAGUUUGGCUGGGAAGAUGCAGAUGGUAACUGGUUGACCUAA